GCACGCGUACAGUGCGCAGCGCCGCCACCCAGCACGUGGCCUCCGCCGUCCCACAAUUCCGCGUACAGUGCGGCCACGGGAGCGCUUCCGAGCUUGAGGCGGCAGAGUCGAGAGCCUCCAGAAAGAUUAAAACCGCGCAGAGAGCCAACCGCGCCAAUCGGAGGCGCUUUCAUCCCUGCCAAGUGGGAGCGCCAUGGCCGAAGAGGUUGCCGGCGACAUCCCCGUCGACAUCCCCGUCGGCAUCCCCGUCGCGGCGUGCCAAGCGGGCUGGGCGCACGUGAAGCCCUCCUACUUGACCUCAAAAGAUAACUUUCAUGACAUUGUCAAAGCCUUCAAAGACAAGCAAAAAUGUACGGGUAAGAACUCUGAAGGUGGCAUCGCAGGAGAGAAGGCGGAUAAGACCGGAGACAAACCAGAGCCUCCAGAAAAGAGGCCACGACUGGGAGACGAUGACUGCUCCAGCGCAGGGGAGGGCAGACCUGAUGCUGGCAAAAGCCACCAGCAGCGGGAUGAUGUCACAGUUGCAGCGACUUCGUUUGACGCUGACAUCGACAGCUCGGCGCCGUCGCAUCCGACCAGCACAACGGCCGUUCAUGAAACCUCUACGGGCAAGAAGCGAGUACGGGGUCAAAACAAGAACAGGCCUCACGUGAAGCCCAACAGCUACGAGGUCAAGCUGUGCCCCUCCGUGUUGCAGGGAUCUACGUCUGAGUGCUUCUAUGGAGACCGCUGUUACUUCAUACACGACGUGGCAGAGUAUAUGCUCGUUAAACCACCAGACCUGGGUCCUGAGUGUCACCUGCAUCAGACGUUUGGUCGUUGCCCUUAUGGCAUCACCUGCCGCUAUGCCGGUGGUCACCCAGAGAUAGCUGGAGGGACUCUGGAAGAAAAUACUCCAGCGAGGGAAAUUACAUUUGUUCCACUACCGGGAACUGUUAACCAUUUGCAAAAGGGUACACAAAAGCUAUUGCGAAAGCGUCAGUUUCCAUUCACUGGGGCGGAGACGUACCUGCGUUCGAUGUCCAAACAAAAGGGAAAUUCUAAACAAAAGCCAACCCCAAAAUCUGAAACUUCCGAAGUUCCUAGCAGUACAUCCGUGAAGCAUGGAGACUCGAAGUUGGAAAGCAGCACCCAGCCAGCUGAGCUUGUAUCCAACAAUUGUCCCACCGCAUCGUCAGUGCCAAUCGAAAAGGAAUGUUUUCUGGAGUCCAAUGGUAGCACAUUGUGCAGUGAUUUCGAAAAAGGAGUUGGCAAGUUGACCGAUUGUUUGAAAAUGGUGUCUGCUGGUGACCUGAACAAUCACGGCCAAGCUGCCGCGUCUGAAUGUGCAGCAUCCAAGACAUCAGAGCCCAGGUGUAGCAGUACAAGUGGGUGUCCUGUCCGCACAAGUGGCGUUCUAACAGAUGAGGACAUCAUUAAAAUCCGGCAGCCAGAGAAGAAGACGAUUGAUUUCAGAGACAAGCUGUACCUGGCUCCACUCACCACUUGUGGUAACCUGCCAUUCCGGAGGAUCUGCAAGAUGCAGGGCGCCGACAUCACGUGUGGGGAGAUGGCCAUGUGCACGAACCUGCUGCAAGGCCAGAUGUCGGAGUGGGCUCUGCUCAAGAGGCACCACACCGAGGACAUCUUUGGAAUCCAGCUGGAGGGGGGAUUCCCAGACACCAUGACCAAGUGUGCAGAGCUUCUCAACCAGAAUGUGGAAAUGGAUUUUGUGGACAUAAAUGUUGGCUGCCCCAUCGACCUCGUGAUUAAUAAGGGAGGAGGAUGUGCUCUCAUGAACCGGGGACUUAAGUUUGAGCAGAUUGUGCGUGGCAUGGUGUCGGUUCUUGAUGUGCCCCUUACGGCAAAAAUACGGACCGGAGUGCAGGAAAAAACGAACACGGCCCACAAACUCAUCCCUGAGCUGCGUGACUGGGGCAUCUCGAUGGUCACUCUGCAUGGCCGGUCGCGGGAACAACGCUACACAAAACUGGCUGACUGGAAGUACAUCGACUACUGUGCAGAGGUGGCCAGCCCGCUGCCCUUAUUCGGCAAUGGAGAUGUGCUGUCUUACGAGGACAUGGAUCUGGCUCGACAGACAAAAGUAGCCGGCGUCAUGAUCGCCAGAGGUGCGCUGGUCAAGCCAUGGAUCUUCACGGAAAUCAAAGGGCGGCGACACUGGGAUAUCUCAUCCCAUGAGCGCUUUGAGCUGCUGCGGGACUUCACAAAAUAUGGCCUGGAGCACUGGGGCUCGGACACGCAGGGGGUGGAAAAGACACGCAAGUUCCUGCUGGAGUGGCUCUCCUUCCUAUGCCGGUAUAUCCCCGUGGGAAUCCUGGAACGUGUGCCGCUGAAAAUUAAUGAGCGUCCACCGUACUACCUGGGCCGGGAUGACAUGGAGAGCCUAAUGGCCAGCCAGAACGUCGCCGACUGGAUCACAAUCAGUGAGAUGCUUUUAGGGCCAGUGCCAUCCAGCUUCACCUUUCUGCCCAAACACAAGGCCAAUGCUUACAAGUAAGAAGAGAAAGGUCCUCCACUGCGUGCCUCGGCUGACCAUCAGCUGUGGCCCUUCACGUUGCUGCACGUGGACCAGGCUGUGGCAUCCCUCAGUGUUGGUGGCUACAACAUGCCAGGAUUUUGUCAAACAUCAAUUUUUUUGUUAUUUUGAAAAGUAUAUUUGCCCUUGUAGAAGUGAAUUGUUGACUGACAAAGGUAAAAUUAAUAGGGUAACCAGGGCAUUUCAAUGUUGAAAAACAAAUAGCAGUCUUUAUGUUUUAAAUCCCCACAUCUAUCACAUUGGGUUUUGCAGUUUGUGAGCUUAGAGUCAUUUGCUGCCUGUGUAAUGUCAUUGUCAUUUGUUUUUUAAUGGAUAAAGUGUUAAUUUCCCAUUUUGUGCAUUACUGCCUUUCACUUGGAAUACCAAUUCUGUACUGUUUGCUUGUUUCGCCUGAAAUCUAAAAUUGCAAAGCAUAAUAGCCUUUUUAUUACAUCUUGAAUUAGUUUGUUUCACUUACAAUGACUUAAACAGAUUAUAUUUAAGGAUUGGGUAUCAGCAGUUUUUUCGUAUGGAUGCAGGGUUGAAUUGACUGGUUAAAUAGCUUUCUGAAAAUAAACUUCCCUGUAAAUCAUUGUUUUCUACCAUCUUGACAGACCACACAUUGUAAUUAUGCACCUUCACAUUUGGCUUCAUCUGUGGCAUAUGUCCUGCCUUUUGCAUUUUUUCUCCACUUUCCUAAAAUGAACAGGGAGGUUUGCAGUUAAAGCAAUAUAUGCAGAAUUUAGUUUAAGUUGCAAUCUAUUUUGGUGUGGGUUUGCAGUUUUGGGCUUAGUUCUGCCAGUCCUGCCCUUGCUCAGGUAGCUUGCAUCCUGUCUCAUUAAGCUGUCCACUUCCUAUUUAGGCUCCACCCCUUCCCGUUAGGCCAUGCCCAUUUUAUCAAUUUGAGACCCACCCCUUCCUCCAGACAGCUUGGAUCGUGGGAAGGGGAGUGUGUCGCUCUCAAUAGGGGGUUGGUAGGUAGGAGUGGGGUAGGUUCAAAGACCAACAAGGGCUUAGGACUAUAAGAUUAAAAUGUGCCAUAAAAAAGUGAGUUUUGGAAACAAAUGUUUACCAACAUGAUUUUUUUAGGAUUGUUCAAUGCAGGAAUUGAUGGCAUCUGUAGAUUCUGGGCGACUCGUACCUGCAGUCUUGCAAAUCCAAAUCGCUUGCAUUCAGAGAUUGUAUAUUGUUUAACAUGCUUAAAAAGGGGCAACGUGCUACAUUUUCCACAACAAAAACUAUGCAUGUCUUAAAAGACCAGCGUUUAUAUUGCAUCAGAUGCUUUCUGUUCCAAAAUCCUUUGCCACUAUACACCAAUUUAAAUAUUUGCCAGGUAUACCUUUGCAAUUCAAACGUACAUCUCAUGCAUAAUUCCGACCUGGCACUGCUACUUCUAAAGAUUCUCAAUACAAAUCCAGGAAAGGAAAAGCUUAAAUUGAUAUCGAUGUUCAACUAAUCAAAUGUUUAAAACAAAGGCGUUUGCAAUGGAGUGGGCUCAACUACGUUAAAUUAUUUUGCACAUGACCAAAAUCACCUGGAAUGCACUCCCAAACUCGAAUGCAAAGCAUUGACCCCGAAGAGUUAUUGGAUAAAUGGCUAUGCAUAACAGGCAUUCAAGUCUGUGGGGUUGCCUAACGGGCAAUAGAUGGCAGUCCAGCUAAAUCCAUUGCUUCACCAAACCCCAUACCUUGAACUAUCACUAAAACAGCGUGAAGUGCCUUCGCAGGUUACUUUUCUAGACGAUUUAUUUUAUAGCAACCUAUUUACAAGGCCAGAGUAAGACUGGCAUGUCACAAGGCAAUGACUUUGCAACCCUGGUCGUUUCUACGCAUCUCAAACAGUCCUUGGUUUCAACCAUGUAGAUAUCGGACAGUCUUUGGCUUCCACCAUGUCGGCACCGAUGUCAUCCACCUUCAGUCAAGUCCCCAAGCCAGUGCCCUUAUCGCAGGCCUCGUUCCCUCAUACCUGCUCGGCCACACCCUGGUAACGUCCACCACUUCCCCCCGGUAGAUACUUCCAGCAGAUUAGUCUUUUACUUCCCUUCUUGAACCUUCCCUCACAGUACCAUGUAGCUGUUUCCACCCAUCUCUGCCGACCCCACUAUCCCUUCCCAUGUUACAUUACCCUACACCAGUAUGGAAAAGUAAGCUCCAUGACCGUCACAUUGUGAAGGGAAAGUCAAUGCAUUUACAAGGGCUGCACGUAGAAAUUAAUCUUAAAAUCAAGUCUGCUCAGGGAAGGUUUUAAAAGCUGAAAAAUUGCUUUUUAAUGCAGUGUCAUUUUGCAUGAGUUUGCAAGGCGUGGGAAAUGUCCAAGUUGACAAGUGUGGUUUUAGAAUCCAAAAUAUUUCUAAUAUCUGCCAACAUGUCACAAUUGAAACAUCUACCAGAAAAAAAAUCUUUAUUGAGCAAAAUUAGAAUAUUAAAAGUAUUUUAAAACAUAGCAUAAUUAUAAACGCAUUCUUAAAUUCUGCAAGCCAUGCGAGUCCAGGUUACUGAAAUGGAACGGAGCGUUUUGUAGAAUCUGAAAAAAACACGAAAUAACGUGUUAAAAUAACUUGCCUUAAGUCAAGCACCAUUACAAUUUUAAGCAGUUCCCGUAAGAAUCUGAACACAUGUCACUAGCCAUACAGCUCUUUUAAAAAAAA